CUGACACACUUCCUCUCAUCCAUCGACCGGCUUCUGCAAAUAGAUAAGGUUUUUUUUUCUCUCAACAAAAAAUAAGAAUAAGAGAAAGGAUAGAAAGGGUGAGAACUGCCCGGCUCCUUGCAUCUUGCCUAUCGUGGCUGCGAUACCAUCCGUCAGAACACCUGAACGAAGAAUCUCUCUUUGAUCCGCGGCAUGUUGAAGUAUCAACGGAGAGUACACGCGCAACCAAAUAUAACCACUUGUUCUCCAACCAGACUGCAUGGAGGCGUCCCCGGACUCGAUAUUUCUGAGCUCAGGCGAGACCACACCAUCGUCACGGCUGUCCUCCCCCGCUGAAUCACACAGCAGCAGCAGCAGCAGCAGCAAUAGGAGGAGGAGAAGUAAGUCUUCUCAAAGACAUCGGCGCCGGCCGGCCAAUGUUUUCGACGCCGUCGCAGGACGUGUCACUCUUAACGGGGCCCUCGGUGACGCAGACGACGCGACCAGCAGGAGCAAACGCCGUCUGAGGGCUAUCUCCGACCGCUAUUUGUCGCGCAAUCCGAGACUGGCCCCAGAAGAGGCCCUGUUCAGGCGUAAGAACGCCCCAGUUCGCUACGCCGAGUACGACAUCUACUGGGCCAGCGAUGACCUUCCCAAUGCUGGCUACGGUAGUCUCCCGGACAGCGACCUUCUGAGGUCAAUCCACAGCUAUGCGAGCAAGUUCUACGAAACGGCGGCUGCCCGCCUGGGUCCUCGCUGCGUCGUUGGGACCAGGACCGUUGACGAGAGGAGUAUGGACGAGUCUGCCUUGUUGGCCUUUGGCAUCCUGUUGGAAGAGGCUGGCCGCGAGGCCCUUGGAAAGAGGGGGGAUGUCGUCUUCACCGAAGCCUCAACAGAGGCCAAGGAGGCGACCAAGGUUGUGCAGAGCACCAAGUCGCCCUGCUUGGUCUCUGGGGGCUUCGAAGCCGCCGACGAACCCCCAGUUUCACAUACGUCCCCAAAACCGAAACGGAGAAAGGUGGCGAACACUGAGAUCUCCGUCGAGGAACAUCAAUGACGGCAUCCACAUUAUACCUCGAUGAGGAUGACGGAGCGUUCUUUUACCGGAUCAGGCUUCUUGAUACUGAGGGAAAAGCGAGAAAAGAACAAAAAGCA